AAUGGAAUGGCAAACCACUUCAGUAUUCUUGCCUUGAGAACCCCAUGAACAGUAUGAAAAGGCAAAAAGAUAGGACACUAAAAGAUGAACUCCCCAGGUUGUUAGGUGCCCAAUAUGCUACUGGAGAUCAGUGGAGAAAUAACUCCAGAAAGAAUAAAGGGAUGGCGCCAAAGCAAAAACAACAUCCAGUUGUGGAUGUGACUGGUGAUAGAAGAAGCAAGGUCUGAUGCUGUAAAGAGCAAUAUCGCAUAGGAACCUGGAUUGUUAGGUUCCAUGAGUAAAGGCAUAUUGGAAGUGGUCAAACAGGAGAUUGCAAGAGUGAACAUUGACAUUCUAGGAAUCAGCGAACUAAAAUGGACUGGAAUGGGUGAGUUUAACUCAGAUGACCAUUAUAUCUACUAUUGUGGGCAAGAAUCCCUUAGAAGAAAUGGAGUAGCCAUCAUAGUCAACAAAAGAGUCCGAAAUGCAGUACUUGGAUGCAAUCUCAAAAAUGACAGAAUGAUCUCUGUCCGUUUCCAAGGCAAACCAUUCAAUAUCAUGGUAAUCCAUGCCUAUGCCGUGACCAGUAAUGCUGAAGAAGCUGAAGUUGAAUGGUUCUAUGAAGACCUACGAGACCUUUUAGAACUAACACCCAAAAAAGAUGUUCUUUUCAUUAUAGGGAACUGGAAUGCAAAAGUAGGAAGUCAAGAAACACCUGGAGUAACAGGUGGCAGCUGCAUUUAACUCCGUGAACAUUUAAGCAUAUUCUUCGUGACAGGCACCAUACUGAAUACUAAAGAUAGAGGGUUGAAGGCGACAUGUUCAUUUUCCAAAGGAACUCAUAGUCUGCUAUACUCAGAUUCCCUGAGGCUUUUCCCAAUGAACACUCUUCUUUUUUUAAAAUCUCUUAGGCUAUGCUAAUAUUUCUUAUUUUUCCAUUUGGCUGUAGCAUGGAAACCUCAUGUGUUUUGU